AUGUCUUCAGUGUCAGCCAGCUCUUGCCUGAAUAAAGGCCUGCGUCAUCACUACCUUGCCCUGCCACAGGGGAACCUCUGCCAGGUGACCUAUGUCUGGAUUGAUGGUUCUGGGGAAGGAUUACGCAACAAAACUCGAACCUUAGAGUGUGAACCUCAGAGCAUUGAUGAUAUUCCUGAGUGGAACUUUGAUGGUUCCAGCACAGGCCAGUCAGAAGGCUCCAACAGUGACAUGUUUCUGAUACCUGUUUGCAUGUUCAGGGAUCCAUUUACCCUGGACCCCAACAAACUGGUCCUCUGUGAAGUACUGAAGUACAAUCGUCAACCUGCAAAUAGUAACCAUCGCCACAACUGCAAGAAAGUGAUGGACCAGGUUAAGGAACACCACCCAUGGUUUGGAAUGGAGCAGGAGUAUACUCUUUUAGGGAUGGAUGGGCGCCCAUUUGCCUGGCCUUUGAAUGGCUUCCCAGCCCCACAAGGCCCGUACUACUGUGGUGUGGGGGCAGACAAGGCCUUUGGCAGAGACAUAGUGGAAUGUCACUAUAAAGCUUGUAUCUAUGCAGGAGUCAAAAUCUGUGGCACAAACGCAGAGGUCAUGCCUUCUCAGUGGGAAUUUCAGGUGGGGCCAUGUGAAGGUAUUGAAAUGGGAGAUCACCUGUGGAUGGCACGUUUCUUGCUGCACAGAGUGUGUGAAGAAUUUGGGGUGAUGGCAACCUUUGACCCAAAACCCAUGGAAGGGGACUGGAAUGGGGCAGGUUGUCACACCAAUGUCAGCACGGAAGCUACCAGAGCUGAAAAUGGAAUUGAGCACAUCCAUACGGCCAUAAAGAAACUGGGCAAACGUCACAGCCAGCACAUCUGCGUGUACGAUCCACAUGGGGGUGAGGACAACAAACGCCGCCUCACAGGUCGCCAUGAAACCUCCAGCAUCUAUAAAUUCUCUUCCGAGGUGGCUCACCGCGGAACCAGUGUCCGCAUCCCACGGCAGGUGGGUCAGGAUAGAUGUGGUUACUUUGAGGACCGCCGUCCAGCGGCCAACUGUGACCCGUAUGCUGUGACAAGUGCUAUCGCCCGCACCUGUCUGCUAGAAGAAGCAGAAGAUACAGACGACAUCCAACAGCCCGGCGAUAUUACAGAGCUGGAAUAA